UCAGGUUUGUCAGACAUAAAUGACUUCCAGGCUGUUCACUGAUUUUGACUUCAUUAAACUACCAGCAACAAUUAGCCAUUCUUUGAUAUUCCGUCUAAGGUAGGCCCAGUAGCUUGGUUGUAGUUUGGAUCUGCCAAUAUUGUAAAAGGAGGCGGGGUAUGCGAUGGCAACCUGCGCGCUCGUGUUAUCUGAGAGUUAACGCUGAGGGCAAAAAACACUCUGUUAACAGUGACAAACGUAAACGAUUUCCAUCCAGAGCGCCUUGCUAACCGACAACGCAGAGCUCUGGUGUGUAGCAGCAGUGGGAUGACGCGCUAACUCCGGUGUCCCGAUACGUCCUGUUGGUCUUAAGCUGUCAUCCAUCCAGCUGCUGCUGACACAUCCAGAAUCCAUUGCAAAAGGGGAGCAAAGGGGUCUGUAACCUCCUAAAAACAGGAAUCCAGAGGGUGUUGUUGAUGCAACUUGCUGCAUCUGGUCCCCGAUGAUAUAGAGGCUAAUUUCUCUUGUGGAUAAUAUCAAUGUUAUAAUGGCACUGGGACCUUCUACACUAAGGAGCAAUUAUUUUCCUGCAGGUAUUCAGAGCUCGUGAACCGAGAACCGGUUUACCGCCACAGGAAUGACUCUUUGAAGCCCGGUGAUCCAAUUAUAUAAUUCACAUGGAGCUCUUCAGCAUUUCUGCUCCAUAUUGAAUGCACGAUAAACUCACUCCUUUGGCAAAAAGCUGGUGCCAACUCCCCGUUUGUAAUCCCAAAGUGUUUUUUUGGCCUCCAUUCGUACAUACUUUAAGCUCCCCAUUGGGUAUCCUGCUAAAAUGAACACAGAGUGGGGUGAGAAAUCCUCAGCGGACCUCAUGAGUAGCUAUGUCUCUAAGGAAGUGGGAUGUGGAGUACCCAAGGAGGGUUGGCGGAUCUGUCUGGCGCAUGAGUUCAAGGAGAAGAGGAAGCCCUUUCAAGCAAAAGACGUCUCACUGUCCAACGUCGUGGAGCACAUCGGGCUCGGAAUCAGGUAUCUAAAAUGGUGGUACAAGAAGACCCAGGUGGAGAAGAAAGCUCCAUUCAUUGAUAUGUUUCGUGCCCAACCCUUACGUCAAAUAUACGGAGCUCCACUUGGUGGCAUUGGAGGAGGAACCAUCACCAGAGGUUGGAGGGGGGAGUUCUGUAGAUGGCAACUUAACCCUGGGAUGUACCACUACAAAACUGUCACAGCAAACCAGUUCACAGUGUGUCUGCGUCGGGGGGGGCAAACAGUCUACCAGCAGGUGUUGUCCGUAGAGCGUCCUCCCACCCUACAAGGCUGGAACUGGGGCUACUGCGGAGAGUAUGCCUUCUAUCACGCCUUAUACCCCCGCGCCUGGACCGUCUACCACCUGCCGGGACAGAACGUCACAUUAACCUGCAGACAGAUCUCCCCCGUCAUCCCGCAUGACUACCAGGACUCUAGUCUCCCAGUGGCAGUAUUUGUGUGGGACAUAGAGAACAACAAUGACUACGCUCUGGAUGUCUCCAUCAUGUUCACGAUGGUCAACGGGUCGGGUCACAAGGACGACAAGAGCGGGGGACACUGGAAUGAACCAUUCCACCUGGAGAAGGAGGGGGAGGCGGUGUCGGGGGUCUUGCUCCAUCACUGCCCUACAGUGAACCCUUACACUCUGUGCAUCGCAGCCCGAGAACAGCCUGACAGGGAGGUCAGUCACCAGACAGCGUUCAGUCCAAAGGGAACCUGCAGCGGCCUGUGGAGUGACCUCAUCACUGACGGACGGCUGGACUCGCCUACAGGAUCCAGCCCGCCGACGCCGAAGGGAGAGAAGGUGGCAGCAGCGCUGGCUGUGGGCUGCUCAGUGCCGGCUCAGAGCCGUAACAGCCUGGAGUUCUGCCUGUCCUGGGACAUGCCCACCAUCACCUUCGGCUCUAGGGAGAGGGCACACCUCAGGAGAUACACUCGUUACUUUGGGAGCAAAGCGGAUGCGUCCCCCUCGCUCAGCCACUACACCCUAACACACUACAGACAGUGGGAGAAGAGCAUCGAGGAGUGGCAACGACCCAUACUGCAGGACAGCUCUCUCCCCUCCUGGUACAAGUCAGCCCUGUUUAACGAGCUGUACUUCGUGGUGGACGGAGGGACGGUGUGGACGGAGCUACCGGAGGACGCCGAUGUCAGCAGCGGCGUGCGUAGCGAGGACGGGGGGCUGCCAGCUCAGCCCGCCGUCGUCAAGGAGUUUGGCCGUUUCGCCUACCUAGAAGGUCAGGAGUACAGGAUGUACAACACGUACGAUGUGCACUUCUACGCCUCCUUUGCUCUCAUCAUGCUGUGGCCCAAACUUGCCUUGAGUGUGCAGUACGAUAUUGCUGGCAGUGUGGUUCAGCAGGACCCAACAGAGAGGCUCCAUCUGAUGAGUGGGCGGUAUUCUCCAGUCAAGGCCAAAAAUGUGGUGCCUCACGACAUCGGAGACCCAGAUGAUGAGCCAUGGCUCAGGGUAAAUGCCUACCUCAUCCAUGACACUGCAGACUGGAAGGACCUGAACCUGAAGUUUGUCCUGCAGGUCUACAGGGACUACCAUCUCACCCAGGACAGUCAGUACCUGCAGGACAUGUGGCCCGUCUGCCAGGCGGUGAUGGAGUCAGAGAUGAAGUUCGACCUGGAUGGAGAUGGGCUGAUAGAGAACUCUGGAUAUGCAGACCAGACCUAUGAUGGUUGGACGGUGACUGGACCAAGUGCGUACUGUGGUGGGCUGUGGCUGGCGUCCCUGUGUGUGAUGUGUAAAAUGGCGAGACUGGUGGACAACAAGGAGACGUACCAACGUUACAGGGACAUCUUGGACCGGGGCAGUGUUGCGUUUGACAAACUGCUGUGGAACGGAAAGUACUACAACUACGACAGCAGUGGAAGAGACCUUUCUAACAGCGUCAUGUCUGACCAGUGUGCUGGCCACUGGUUCCUGAGAGCGUCCGGGCUGGGAGAGGGAGACUACAAGGCUUUUCCAACAGAAAAAAUCCAGAGCGCACUAAAAUCUGUCUUUGACUUGAAUGUGAUGAGCUUCGCCGGAGGCCAGAUGGGGGCAGUUAACGGCAUGCGUCCUGAAGGAGUGCCUGACCGCUCCAGCGUCCAGUCAGAUGAGGUCUGGAUCGGAGUCGUGUAUGGACUGGCAGCCACUAUGAUCCAUGAGGGUAUGCAGGAGGAGGGUAUGCGCACGGCGGAGGGUUGCUACCGGACUGUGUGGGAGAGGCUGGGCAUGGCCUUCCAGACUCCUGAAGCCUACUGUGAGAAGAACAUCUACCGCUCUCUGGCGUACAUGAGGCCUCUGAGCGUCUGGGCCAUGCAGCUAGCACUGAACACUUCACAGAAGGAUCGGACCACAUCGGCUGGAACUGGAGCCGCAGACGGAGAGCAGGGACAGGAUCUGAGGGAAAAAGAGAGCUAGUACCUGAGCCAUUAAGACUGGUGGGGUUCGAAAAGUGCAGGUUCCUCUGAAAAUGACCUGCGAACUCUCCUGCAGCCACCACCCUCAUGUACACUCCACCCUGCUGUUUGAUUGGUUUUCUUGAAUUAAAUUCUCUAGUUAGAUUUGCUUCAGAUGUUUGAGGCUCAAAGUCAGAACUGACAGAACUUCAGUAGCUACUGAACAUCAUAUUGUUUGAUGAGUUGAACAUUUUCCAACAGACUGCAAAGGGUUUCUGAUUUUCUUAAGUUGUGCAGUGUAGGGUGCUAACCAGGCAAUGUCAAAAUCAUAGCCAGUGUGUAUUGUUAAUUAAAAAUUGGCCUUGUGUUUCAGCAACAUAUUGUCUAUUUGUACACAUACAUGAAAGCACUACAUUUCACAUGUAAUUAAUAAUUCUAUCAUACUUGUAACUAGUUAAUAUGCUUAAUAUUUGAGGACUGUUUUGUGUUAUUAGAUCAGCCACAUGUAGUCAUUGUUGUCUUUUGACAGCCUGUGAGUGAAUCAAACCAGAUUUGAAAGAUAUAGACUCUUGAAAGAAAAGUAAAUUUGAGGAUUUCCACUACUUGCAUAUGAAUGCUCGGUGAUGUAAUAUGCGAUGAAUAGUGUUGGAAAUUAAGUUGUUUUUUUUAAUGGCAUUUGGUGCCUUGUUGCAUGUUGGCCAUACCUGCAGUAUAUCAAUGUAGCGGCAACAUUUAGUAUGUUUUAUAAAAUCCAAUACUCAUGACAAUCAUGCUGAAUAAAUGACUGAAUAAGAUACAAAA